AUGGAAAAUCCAAAUGGGAACAACGAGGAAGUACCACCUCCACCUCCACCUCCCCUUAAUCAAGACCAAAUCAUCCUCCAACUACAACAACAAAUGGAGGAGAUGAGAAGGGAAAGAGAGGAGGAAAGGAGAAGAGAUGCACCGGUUAGAAAUGCAUUUGGGAACGUUAAUAUCCCAAUGCCACCCAUUGAUCCAAGAGUGAAUGCCAACAAUUUUGAGUUGAAGACGGCAUUGAUCCAAUUUGUGGAGCAACGUGUUUUCUCGGGAAGGCCCACGGAGGAUCCUAAUAUGCACUUAGCCAAAUUCUUGGAGAUUGCCAACACAACCAAGCUUAAUGGGGUUCCCGAAGAUACAAUCAAGCUUAGGCUAUUCCCUUUCUCAUUGACGGGAUAUGCUAGAGAUUGGUUUGAUAACCUUGAGCCGGGCUCGGUUAUAAGUUGGGACGACUUAGCCAAAAAGUUCUUGGAGAGGUUCUUCCCUCUUAGCUCUACUCUCAACCUACAAGCGGAGAUCUCCCAUUUUAAAAUGAAGAGCCAAGAGUCUAUGUUUGAAGCAUGGGAGAGGUUUAACGCUUUGUUGAAGAAGUGUCCUAACCAUGGGCUAUCUCCGGGCCAUCAAGUGAGCCUUUUCUAUAAUGGAUGCUCGGAAUUUAUCAAAAGUCAACUAGACUUUGGUUCGGGGGGAUCAUUCUUAGACAAGGGGGUCGAUGAGUGCAAGAAGAUGCUUCAAAGGCUUGCAUACACUAGCAAGAGUUGGAGCUCGGGUCGAGAUGGCUCUAUGCCGGUAGCUUCGGUUGUUGAUUCGGAUGCAUUCAAUCUCCUCAACCAACAAAUGAUGAUUCUGAAUCAAAAGGUGGAUAGCCUAAGUUUGGGGGUGGCACCCAUUGGAGAGCCUCAACCGCCCGUUGAAGAUGUCAAUUAUAUACAUCAAGGAGGAAAUCAAGGGGGUAAUCCAAGGAAUUUCAACAAUUAUCGCCCUAACAAUGGGGGUGGUAAUUAUCUAGGCUACCGCCCACCCUUUAAUGCGCAUCCAAACCUUUCAUAUGAGAAUCCGAGUAAUGCUAUCCAACCAUCUCCAUCUCCCGGAUUUGGAGCAUCAAGUGGGGCCAACAAUGCGCCUAGCACUUCAAAGUCUUCAAGUGAUGUUACCAAUGAGCUUCUAAAAGCUAUAAUGGAGAAGACCGAUGGGAUUAUGGAACACUCUACCAAGAGGAUUGAUAAAGUUGAGACGGCGGUAGUGGAGGUCACCACAAGAUUGGGGGCUUUAGAGCAUCAAGUGAGUCAAAUUGCUCAAGCCGUUGGACAAAUUCAUCAACCGGGGCAAUUUCCAAGCACUACAAUUCCAAAUCCGAAAGAUUGCAAGGCAAUCUACUUGAGGAGUGGGACAAGUUAUGAGAGUCCUCCUAUGCCCGAAGUGGAAGCUAAGGAAGUACCCGAAGAAGAGAAAGAAGAAGAGGAAAUAGAGGUGGAGUCACCUAAUAUGCCAUCCGAGGGUCAACCCGAGACAAUUAUUCCUCCCAAGCCCAUGGAAGUCAAAAUUCCUUUUCCUCAAGUGGUGCACAAGAAGAAAUUAGAUGAGAAGUUUGCAAAGUUCCUUGAGAUCUUCAAGAGGGUGCACCUCAAUAUACCUCUCAUUGAGGCACUCCAACAAAUGCCCGGCUAUCUCAAAUUCUUGAAGGAGAUUAUGUCAAAGAAGAAGAAGUUGGUUGACUAUGAAACCGUGAGCUUGACCGAGAAUUGUAGUGCAAUCAUCCAACAAAAGAUGCCGGCAAAGAUGAAGGAUCCGGGAAGCUUCAACAUCUCUUGUGUGAUCGGGAAUGAUAGGCAAACUAAGGCCUUGUGUGAUUUGGGGGCAAGCAUAAAUCUUAUGCCCUUAAGCUUCUUCCGGAAGUUAAAGUUUGGUGUUUUGAAGCCGACCACCAUCACCCUUCAAAUGGCGGAUAAGUCCGUCAAGUUCCCCAAUGGAAUUCUUGAAAAUGUCUUAGUAAGGGUGAAUGAUUUUAUCUUCCCCGUGGACUUUGUAGUCUUGGACAUGAAGGAGGAUCCUAAUGUUCCUCUCAUUCUUGGAAGGCCAUUCCUUGCAACCGGGAAAGCUUUAAUUGAUGUCACCAAGGGAGAACUCACCCUUAGGCAUGGAAACAAGACGGCUAUCCUCUCUAUGUUAGACAAGAUGAAACGCCAUGAAAUGGAAGAAUCCAAGAGAGUAGAAGAGGUGCCUUUGGAAAUUGAAGAGUGCAAGGUGAUACAAGUGUCUAAGGAUGUUGAAGUUGAGAAGCCCUUGGAGGAGAUCUUGGUCCCUAAUUGGUUCUUUGAGCUUGAGAAUGAAACAAGUUUGGGGGAGCAAAAGAAGGAGGUGCCAAAAUGGGCAAAUGGUGAAUCUCAUGGAGUUGACCUUGGAGAAAAUGACAAGCCUAUUUGGUGGAAAAAGCGGCUAAACAAGCUCUAUUUGGCCGCAAAAGCUAGGACGGGCCCCAAUGAGGUGAUCCAAGUGAGCUUGGACCAUUAA